UUGCCAAGGUUAGACGUCAGCAGCACAGCAGCAGAUAGUCCGUGGCCCGUGCGUGGUGCUGUCGGAGGAAAGUGGUUUUGAUUUUGGGUUGUUAUGGCUGAUUGACUUGUUUGACAGUCAUCAGAAUUUCAGUGACUUUUUUCCAGUUUAAAUUUUAAAUCAUUUCAUUUACGUUUUUAAUUAAAACUCUACACUCGUUAGUGAUUAAGAAUACUUUGAAAUUUCCGUAAAAUUCGUCUUUUAUCUACAAAUUACGUGCUGUCAUUCAAGUUGACUUAGUGGUAUUUUUAUAAAUGCUCAUCCAAAAUAUUUUGAUGAUUUCGUGUUACUAUUAACAAAAAGGAAGUGAACCGAAAGAAAAACUUUGAAAAGCUUAGAAAUGGGCAGUGUUAGACGCAGCCUUGUCACAGCUGGAAGAUAUGCUGUAGCUGCUAGGAUUUCAAAGUUACAACAUGGAGUACUGUCUACGAUCUACACCCCUGGCGUGCCACAUAGUAAAGGAAUAUCCACUAGUAUUAUAGUUUUAAAAACCGCUGGUACCGGAGAACCACCAUCUGGCUACAACCCACCUCCUCCUCCGUCCAAAGAUGGCAGCAGUGGUAGCGGCAAAAAUAAAAACACCUUGUCAUGUCCUAAAUGCGGGGAUCCAUGUACUCAUGUGGAGACUUUCGUCAGUUCUACGAGGUUCGUUAAAUGCGAGAAAUGUCAUCAUUUCUUCGUCGUUUUAAGCGAAGUAGAUAGCAAAAAGAAGGAAGGUGUCGACGCCAAAAGUGGUCAGUACAAGAAACCUCCGCCUCAUCCAAAGAAGAUAUACGAUUACUUAAACAAGCACGUGGUCGGACAAGAACAUGCUAAAAAGAUAUUAUCCGUAGCAGUGUACAACCACUAUAAAAGAAUAUACAAUAAUAGUCCUACACAAUCAAAUAUUAGACAAGACAUGGCUGUAAUGGAACAAGGACCCCACAGCGUUACUCAUAGAGAUCAACCCCACAUAACAGGUUUAGGUAAUGCUUCACUAGGUCUGAACUUGGGAGGAACCUUUGAAUCAACUCCACCGGCAGGAACUAAAACGGGACAGGGCUCGGAUAUUCUGGAAAGGACGACACAUGAACUGAAGUUAGAGAAAAGCAAUAUACUCUUGUUGGGACCAACAGGAUCAGGUAAAACACUUCUUGCUCAAACCAUAGCUCAGUGCCUAGAUGUGCCUUUUGCCAUAUGUGAUUGUACUACCUUAACACAAGCCGGAUACGUAGGCGAAGACAUCGAAAGCGUCAUCGGGAAGUUGCUGCAAGAUGCCGGAUACAGCGUCGAAAGGGCACAAGUCGGCAUUGUGUUCCUAGACGAAGUUGAUAAGAUCGGAGCAGUACCUGGCAUUCACCAACUGAGGGAUGUAGGAGGUGAAGGAGUUCAACAAGGUAUGCUGAAAAUGCUCGAAGGUACCAUAGUUAAUGUUCCCGAACGUAAUUCACCCAGGAAAUUAAGAGGAGAAACUAUUCAAGUUGACACAACCAAUAUACUAUUUGUAGCCAGUGGUGCCUACAACGGUUUGGAAAGAGUAAUCCAAAGGAGAAAUAAUGAGAAUUACUUAGGAUUUGGAGCACCAAUUUCUUCCAGUAAAGGUAGGAGAGCUGUAGCUCAAGAAGCGACAAUGCAUCAAUCUUCGCAGUCAGCUGCAGAAGAAAAUAACGAAAAAGAUGUAGCCUUAAGACAAGUACAAGCAAGAGAUCUCAUGGACUUUGGAAUGAUACCUGAAUUUGUAGGAAGAUUUCCUGUCUUAGUUCCUUUCCACUCCUUAGACCAGACUCUAUUGGUAAGGAUAUUGACUGAGCCAAAGAAUGCUCUGCUUCUACAGUACAAACGAUUGCUAGGGAUGGACAAUUGCGAUUUGAUAUUUACACCAGAAGCUUUGAACGCCAUCGCCCAUUUGGCUAUGGAAAGAAAAACGGGAGCUAGGGGAUUGAGGGCAAUAAUGGAAUCUCUUCUUUUGGAGCCGAUGUUCGAAAUACCUGGUUCUAACAUCUCAGAAGUCCACAUCACAGAAGACUACGUGAAGGGAAAGGGCAAACCGUCCUACAUUAAAAAUCAAGUACAAACCGAAGAAGGCGAGUUCAAUACGUCUAUCAGAGUAAAACAAUGAGAUUGACUUUGCUGUAAUUAACUGAUUGGGUAAUUGUCGCACUAGAAAUGGUCUACGAAAGUUCGGUAUUUAUAGUAUCUUGUUUUAUUUGUAUAUUCAAUGGUUUUGACCGUAUCUUUAGUUGAAUUAUGAAAAAAUUAUAGAUUAACAGCCGAGGAAAAUAAUUUUUGACGACAUCGGCAACUAUAGUUUCCUCCUGUAUCUUUCGUAGAUUAGCUAGUAAUGUUUGUUUUUAAGAUUAGAAGAAUUGUUAUUCAAUAAACAAUAGAAUAUAUUUUUAAAAGCAAAGUGGGUCUAAAAUGUUUAAAUGCCUAAAUAUGCAAAUUUUUAAUUUGCAUAGUUUAGUCAAUUUAGAUUCUAUUUAAAACCGAUUCAAAAUCGGUUGAAAAAUUUUUUAUCGAAAAUUAACUUUUGAUUAAAAAUUUUUAAAUUAGUCUUUUAAUUUUUGAAUUAUUUUUUUCCAAAAUCGAAGACUUCUUAACUGAUAUUGGGCGGCAAUAUUCAAGGUUUGGAAGGUUUCCGACCUCGUUUGGUACCCUUGGUACCACUUUGGUAUCAAUAUAUCGGUUUGAUACUUUCCUCAAUCACACUGUGUCGUCUUAUAAUGCUUUUUUCUUGUCCUUGAUCCCUUUAUAUGAGAACAUAAGUAUCAUUUUUUAUUACUAUGAAACUCUUUUAUUUUUACAACCAAGUCGCUAGUAAAGUUUUUUUUUAUUUAACCAACAUUAAAGUAACGGUAAUUUAAGGUACUAGUACACUUUAGAAGACCAAAAAUAGUAAUUUUUUUCAAGAAUUUUUUUCUCAGAUCCUUUAUUAAAAAUGAACAUAAAUUUUUUACAUAUUAAUAUCUAACUCUUAGAGAGUACAAAAAAUAUAUCUUUUUUUAUUUAUGCACGUACCCUAAUAUUGUAUAGGGCGCAAAAGUCGAGGUCUCGAAAAAUGAUGGCGGACAGUUAAUCUCAGGAUUGGGAUAUCUGAAACAAAAUAAUCGUACUGCAUUUGAAAAAGGAAGGUUUCUUACAUGACAAUUUACCACAAUUUGACCAAACAAUAAAAAAUAAGUAUUUUUAACAAUGAAAAACUGAAGAAAAACGGAUGAUUUUUUCACAAAAAUCACUAACUGGGGUAACUUGUCACGUAAGAAACCCUUCUUUUUCAAAUGCCGUACGAUUUUUUUGUUUCAGAGAUCCCAAUCCUGAGAUUAACUGUCCGCCAUCGGAACUACUUUUUUCGAGGCCUCAACUUUGGCUCCCUCUACAAUAUUAGUGGACGUGCAUAAAUGAAAAAAGAUAUAUUUUUUGUAUUCUUUAAGAGUUAGAUAUUAAUAUGUAUGUAAAAAGUUUUAUGUUCAUUUUUAAUAAAGGUUCUGAGAAAGAAAAUCUUGAAAAAUUGCUUAUUUUUGGUCUUCUAAAGUGCACUAGUACCUUAACCAACGGUGAAACCAAGUCCUUGAUUCUUAUAUAAUGUAUUUAAUCAAAAAAAGCAUGCGAAAUGCACGAAUACCGCCUGAUUUUUCCUAUGACCUAUUCAUUUUUUGUAGGAUUGUAAUAAUGGUACAGAAAGUGAGAGGUGAGUAGUACCACUGUUUAUUCGCGUUUGUAAUUCGAAAUCAGGUGAUGUUCACAUGUCAUUGUUUAGGAGGACUAUUUCUUUGCAGUACAUACAUUAUAGUGAUAGCCGUUUUACAGCUACUCUGCGCUUUUAAUUUAUUAAAAACUGAAUUGAACACUCAAAAUGUUGUCCAAAACUAUUAUCCAACCAAAUUCGAAAAUAUUUAGUUUUGGCGAGAUGAUAUAAUAUCAAUGGGAGUAUUCUGGGUAUCUGGGUUGCAGUCAACAAUAUAGUGAUGUUGAUUAUAGUUACUUUCGAGUAUUCUUUCUGUGAAUUUAUUUCUUUUCAUUCUGUGAAUUUGUGAAUUAUCUACUAUCUAAUCUCCAUCGGCAAAUCGCUUAGAUCUAGAUAAAAUCUUAGAUCUUUGUUAAUGACAUACAUUACAUAAUUUACGUAUACCAUUAUACCUCCCUCUGUUUCAUCUUCUACCUUCUCCUCACCCUCACACCCUUAAAACGCUUCAUACCAAUAACGAUAUUCGCUAACACUCGUAAAAUACCUGUCCCUCUACUGGUUGUAGAUACAAUAGUCGUUACUCGCUCUGAUACGAUUGGUACGAAUUAUUCAAAGUAGAUACAAUAGUCGUUACUCGCUCUGAUACGAUUGGUACGAAGUUAUCAGAGUAAUCAAAGUAACGAUUUGCCUCUCUGUAUAGUAAUCGUUACUUUCGGUAUUCGUAAGUAACGAGUACUUUGUAACGAAUAGUUACUUUUCAACAUCUCUACAACAAUAAUCUAACAUUAUGUAUGUUCGAGGAGACUGUCAGGGAGUCCACGACAAGUGGAGCAUAUACAAGGUAUAUUUACUAUUAAUUAAUUAUUAACUAUUAAUAUACUGGUAUAUUUAUCAAUCAAGGGUAAUACAUUAAAUACAUUUAUGGAAUUAAAGUGCGCAUGCGAUUUUGUCGUGGACUAGUUCCUGAUUGUUACCGCGAACAUACUUAAUAUUGACACUUGAUACUUGACACUUUUCAUCCUUUCUACACAUCUCUCAGGUCAUCUUUCGGACACGGUAUGAACUAAUUUCAUGGCCUUAGCAUUUAUGUGUUGUGCAGAGUUUAUUUUUUCAAGUCUGACUUGAUGAUUUUGGUUUAAGUUGUUUAUUGAUGCCCAGUGUCAUUUGUUAUAGAAGUUUUAAAGUUAUUUCCAGUUACCACAUUUUACCAAAAAUUAACACGACCUAUGAUAAUGUUUCAUUACGUCUAAAUUAAAAAGUAUAUUAUUCAUUUAUUUUCCAUAUUUAUUCUUUCUACAUUCUAAACAAACUGCGAUAGACAUUAGCUCUUUAAUAAAUAUGUCAGGGGUCUUGUUGUCCUCAAUACUGUUGAUAAUUUAGCAGGGCUAUAUUGGUUAUACAAGUUUAUACAGAGUUAUUGAUUAUGGAAAAUCCAUUGAUUCACUUUGCAGUACAGACUAUCAUUGAAAUUUGUGAUUUUAUAGACUAGUUCCUGUUUUGACGAUUUGAUGUAAAAUAAAUAAUAUGCCGGUUCGAUGUAAAUAGACAAACCUUGUAUAUUUAUUGAUAAAAAAUGUUAAUAAAAAAUUGAAACUUUGUGGGA